GGGGGGUCCACCUGGAAAGACAGUAUGAGCUGAGGCUCUAGGGCUCCAGUUUCACUUUCUGAAUCUCCAGAUGCUUCUGGCCUUGAAGGGACUAUGAUGGAGGCACAAAUGGAGAGCUGCUCCCCUUGGGAUCAAAGAACUGAGGUCACACUAGUGGCCCCUCUUUCUAUCUGAGCUGCAUUUGGAGGUGUUGUAGGGACAGCUCUGUAGCUGAGCAUGGCAAGACUCGGGGGGAAACAUCAAACUUCUCCAGUGGAGCCCCUGUGUGAGCCCCACCCCUCCCUAAAUACAGACUACUCGCUGACAGGCUUGCACUUGGUGUGCUGGGUUUAAAAGGUGACUGUGAGAACUUUGUUUAUUGCAGGGGCUGCUGCCACUUAGUUUGCAUUCCAAACAGACUUCAGUAAUAGAAACUGGGUUGGCUUUCAAGGAAGGCUCCCCAGCAAUAGGGGCUGAAUUAUUUGGGAAUGUGAAGCAGGGUGAAGAGUUGGGGAACAUAGGAAAUAUUCUUGUCCAUGUGAUCUGAGGGAGAUGGCAAGGAAGACCUCCAUCUGUGUAGGCUUUUCCCUUCCUGACUUAUCUGUCCCCUAGGCUUUCUUGACAGCCUCAGAGCUGGGGAAGAAAAAAGAAAAGUUAGCAUGUUGAAAUUUCUUCUUUAGCAACUUGGGGAGAGGCUGGGGAUGGAAUUCUGCAGGAGAGGAGAGGAAAUGGAAGAGGAGUUUUUCUUUUGUUUUUGGGCUGACUGGGGAAGAUGGUAACAUUUGUCAUCAUAACCUUUUACCCUCCCCCCCAGACCUGGUCAGCUGAGUGUGGAAAUAGAGGGAUUUCUGCCGCUAUCAUUGUUCAUGGGCGUUCAAGGUAUCAGCCUCCCAAGGGAACCUCAACCUUUAAAUUGGUUUCCUCCAUUCUAUGUUCCAAGAUCCCAUUUCCAGUAAUUUACAUCCAGGUUCCUAUCUCUGUUAUGUGGGUUGCUGGGUUGGGGCAUGUGGGAAUGGGGCAAGGGGGUACUCACUUUCCCUCCUUUUCCUGUCCACCCACCAGGUCACACUACCUACAAGUAGGAAGCAGGGACAGAGAGAGAGCCUGCAUGCCAUUUCUAAGCUCUUCAGGAUCAAAAAUGGCAGCCUGUGGAGGCACCUGCAAGACCAAAGUGACUGUCUCCAAGCCUGUGUGGGACUUCUUGAGCAAGGAGACCCCAGCCCGGCUGGCCCGGCUUCGGGAGGAGCAUCGUGUGUCCAUCCUCAUAGAUGGCGAGACUUCUGACAUCUAUGUUCUCCAGCUUUCCCCACAGGGCCCUCCCCCAGCUCCUCCCAAUGGGCUCUACCUGGCCCGGAAGGCUCUUAAGGGGCUGCUAAAAGAGGCAGAGAAAGAGCUGAAGAAAGCUCAGAGGCAGGGGGAGCUUAUGGGCUGCCUGGCUUUGGGGGGUGGAGGGGAACACCCUGAGCUGCACCGCCCAGGCCCACCCCCUCUCCGAGCAGCCCCACUUCUGCCCCCAGGGGCACGGGGUCUUCCUCCCCCUCCGCCUCCCCUACCCCCUCCACUUCCUCCCCGCCUUCGAGAGGAGGCAGAAGAGCAGGAGAGUACCUGCCCCAUCUGUCUGGGGGAGAUCCAGAACGCCAAGACGUUGGAGAAGUGUCGGCACUCGUUCUGUGAAGGCUGCAUCACCCGGGCCCUGCAGGUGAAAAAGGCCUGUCCCAUGUGUGGCCGCUUCUAUGGGCAGCUGGUAGGCAACCAACCCCAGAAUGGGCGGAUGCUGGUCUCUAAGGACGCCACACUCCUACUGCCCAGUUAUGAGAAGUACGGCACCAUCGUCAUCCAGUAUGUCUUCCCGCCCGGCGUCCAGGGGGCUGAACACCCAAACCCUGGAGUUCGGUAUCCUGGCACCACACGGGUGGCCUACCUCCCAGACUGCCCUGAGGGCAACAAGGUGCUGACCCUGUUCCGAAAGGCGUUCGACCAGCGUCUCACCUUCACUAUUGGCACGUCCAUGACCACAGGGAGACCGAAUGUCAUCACCUGGAACGACAUCCACCACAAGACCAGCUGCACAGGGGGACCCCAGCUGUUUGGGUACCCAGACCCCACCUACCUGACCCGGGUGCAAGAGGAGCUGAGAGCCAAGGGUAUCACAGAUGAUUGAAGGACAUCCCCUUUGCCAAGGCCCCUGCCGUUGUCCUCCACUAGGAUCCAACAGAAGCCUCUGUUCUCUCUCCCCCUGCCCCCCCAUACCACACAGUAGGGGAUCUGUCUGACUGGGGAAGGAGUUCAGAGAGGGAGGGGGCAGUCCUCUGUCCCCCACAGCCAAGUGCUUCAGUGCAGGGGUAGCCGCUCCCUUCUGGCAGAGGCUGUUUCUCAGGCUCUGCUCCCCUCCUCUGGUGUACAUACUCCCAGUCUUCCUGCCCCCUCCAUUGCCCUUGGCUUUUUCUGGUAUGUGCUGUGCUCCAGUGACUAAGCUGAGAAAGAACCUGGGUGGGGAGGGGAGGGGGUCUUGAACCCCCCACUCCCACCCCCUACUGCUCCACUGCUCCACUUCAGUGCAGGGGAGGGGGAAUCUAGCUGGUGUGAGCCCCCUUGGAGCUGGCCCUGUAUGUUCUUCAGAACCAAUUCCCCAUCUACCUUAACUUCGCCCUUUCCUGUGUCUCUGUUUCUGUCAGUCUGUCUCCCGCUCUUCUCUGCCCCCUAUAAGGAGCCUCCUUACCCUGUUCUGGAACCGCCGCCAAACUGUAGCUUUUAAUUUAAUAAAAAUAAAGUAAAAUAU